GUCUACGCGUGGGAGGCGUUAGGACCGCGCGGGCGCCGCUUAAACGCUCGGCCGAGCGGCACCUGUUGCUUUCAAAGGGAAACCGGGAGGACGAUGUCUUCUAGUGUGCGCUGUCUUCGUGCUCGGAGGAAACUUUACAACAAACCCACUUCGUUUACAUCCCCGAGCCUGCUCCGUACACACACUCACACACGCGCGGGCGCGCGCGAGAGAGAGACAGCCGAGGAAUAACGAGGUUAUCCGUCACGCGCUCACCAGCCUUUAGGAUGCGACUGAAACGCCGCAUCUCUGUACUGAAGCUGGCCAUUCUGGGUGGUGUGCUCUUCAUGCUGGUCCUCGUGGUGCUCCAGAGGGAUGUGGGUGGUGGCAGUCAGGAUCCCUGGUUCCCGGAUUUAUCCAACCGUAAGGACCAAGUGCUGGAAUUUGUCCGUGGCGCCGUCAACAACCUGCCCUUUCAGAUUCCAGGCCAACCAGGGACUCCACCGCUGCAUCUAGAAGAUAAAGAGGAUACAAACUGCCCGUCAGGCUUCUACACCGAGGAUGAACUCCGACCAUGGAUCGAGAGACCACCUGAGGAUCCGCAAAGCCAGGGUUUUGGAGGGGAAGGCUUCCGGGAGGACAACCUCACUCCGGACGAAGUCAAGGAGAAGGAGGAGGGCAUGACCAGGCAGUGCUUUAAUCAGUUCGCUAGCGAUCGGAUAUCUCUGCACCGCAACCUUGGAGAUGACACCCGGCCUCCAGAGUGUGUGGAGCGGAAAUUUCGCCGGUGUCCCCCUCUUCCCACGACCAGCGUGAUCAUCGUGUUCCACAACGAGGCCUGGUCGACACUUCUGCGCACCGUCUACAGCGUGCUGCACACCGCCCCGGCCAUCAUGCUGAAGGAGAUCAUUCUGGUAGAUGACGCAAGCACAGCAGGUCACCUGCAAUCUCACCUGGAUGAUUAUGUGAAGAUGCUGAAGGUAGUGAAAGUGGUGCGUCAGGUGGAGAGGAAGGGCCUCAUCACGGCUCGAAUGCUGGGAGCCAGUCACGCCCAGGGCGAUGUCCUCACCUUCCUCGAUUCUCACUGUGAGUGUUUCCGUGGCUGGCUUGAGCCACUUCUUGCUCGAAUCGUCGAAGAGCCCACAGCCGUUGUGAGUCCGGAAAUUAACACCAUCGACUUAAACACGUUUAAAUUUAUGAAGCCUGUUUCCACUGCACGUGCUCACAACCGCGGGAACUUCGACUGGAGCCUGACAUUCGGCUGGGAGCCCAUCCCUCACUACGAACAGGCAAAGCGCAAAGAUGAGACCUACCCUGUCAAGACACCAGCUUUUGCCGGUGGUUUGUUCUCCAUUUCCAAAGCCUACUUUGAGGAAAUCGGGACCUACGAUGACCAAAUGGAGAUCUGGGGUGGCGAGAACGUGGAAAUGUCUUUCAGGGUAUGGCAGUGUGGAGGCCAGCUGGAGAUCAUCCCAUGCUCCGUGGUCGGUCAUGUCUUCCGCACAAAGAGUCCGCACACUUUCCCAAAAGGAACUGAAGUCAUUGUGCGCAACCAGGUCCGCUUGGCCGAGGUGUGGAUGGAUGACUAUAAGCAAAUCUUUUACCGCCGCAACCCCAGCGCAGCCAAGAUGGCCAGAGAGAUGAACUACGGUGAUAUCACAGAUAGACUAAAACUCCGGGAACGUUUACGUUGCAAGAACUUUACCUGGUUUUUAAACCACAUCUACCCAGAAGCCUUUGUUCCUGAUCUUAAUCCUGUUAAAUUUGGAGCAAUCAAAAACUUGGGAUCUCAGAAAUGUCUGGAUGUUGGGGAGCAAAAUAACGGGGGAAAGCCAAUGAUUAUGUACGUGUGCCAUAACAUGGGAGGAAACCAGUACUUCGAGUACACAUCGCACAAGGAGCUGAGACAUAACUUGGGCAAACAGCUGUGCCUGCAUGCCACCAUCUACCCACAACAAGUAAAGAUAGAGCUGUGCCAACUGAAGGGUCGCGGUACCAACAUCGACCCUCAGCAAGAGUGGAUCUUAACUGAGGACCAGUUAUUUAAAAAUCCUUCUUCAGAUAAGUGCCUACACCUAAAGAACAACAAGGUAGUCAUGAGUCCCUGUGACUCAAGAGACCUGAAUCAACGAUGGGUGUUCAGCUGAUCUCACUCUCUAUAUGAACGAGGUUGAGAAGCCAGCCAGAUGGACAGCCAUUACUUUAUUUGAAGCACAACCAAAGCUCACUCCUGGCCCAUCUAUGUGAACUGAUGGUGUAUUAAUCAUUUAUAUUCAUAAAUAUGAUCCAAAAAAAAAAAAAAAACUUUGAACAAUAUGAGACUCAGGAACGCACUUGGAGGAACCGUCUCUGAAACUGAAGGCCCGUUGGACCGAAGAACCUGACAGCAGUAUUGUUUACAUAUGCUCACCAAACAUGUCCUUUCAAUGGUUGAGUUUCAGCCUUGACACUGCUGUUUUUAACGUUUUUAUUUAUGUUUUAAGAAGUGUGUAAUAAGUUUUUAUUUUUCAAGUCUUUAUUUUGCAUCAUAUGAAGACAUUGUUCAUGAAAUCAUUCCGUUGUCCUGCUGCAAGCCAAACUUCAGGGUGUGUUUUUAUUAUGAUAUUUUUUAAGUCAAGUCACAAAUCAUCUAACAUUUACUUAGUCUUACUGAACAUUCUAAUAAGAGUGCAACUUAAUGUGUAUCAUGAAGUCGACAUGGUCGUGAAGCCGAUACUUUUUGUGCUUGGUGUUAAACAUUUUCUUUUCAUUUCUCUCAAUGAUUGUGUGGUCAUAUCCUUUUCUUAGUUGGAGGGUAUUUAUAGAAAUGCAUAUUUGGUUGUAAUAAAUGCCAAGCAUUUGUCACCAA